AUGUCUACCAGAAUUACCAUUGCCGAGUACCUUUUCCGGCGCUUAGGCCAGUUGGGCGCCAAGUCUAUCCACGGGGUUCCUGGCGACUACAACUUGCCGCUCCUGGACUACAUUACUCCUGCCGGUUUACGUUGGAUUGGUAAUGCAAACGAGCUCAAUGGCGGAUACGCUGCUGAUGGCUAUGCCCGCAUCAAGGGCAUUGGAGCUCUGGUCACCACCUUUGGUGUAGGCGAGCUGUCGGCCAUCAACGCGGUUGCUGGGGCCUACGUUGAGCGCAGUCCGGUCGUCCAUAUUGUUGGAUGUCCUGCUAGAUCUGCUCAGAAGUCGCAAGUUCACCUUCACCACACCUUCAAUGAUGGUGACUUUUCCCGCUUUGCCGCUAUGCACAGUUAUGCUACCAUCGCCCAGGCAAAGCUAUGGGACAUCCGCACUGCCGCCGAGGAGAUUGACCAGGUUCUUCGCCAGUGUGUGCUCCAAAGUAGGCCUGUCCACCUUCAAAUCCCCGUUGAUAUGGGAGAUGUUGAAAUAUCUGGCGAAAGGUUGCACACAGACCUUCUUGACACCACCCUAGGACCCAUGAGCCUUGCUGACGCCGUCGUUGACGCAAUCCUCGACAAACUAUAUUCUGCGAAGCGCCCCAUUAUCUUGAUGGAUGGGGAAGUCCGCGACCCGGAGGUGAUUGAGUCUGCCUGUCGCAUCAUUGCCUCCACCAAAUGGCCGACUUGGGUUACUUGUUUCUCCAAGGGCCUCGUGGACGAGACGCUCCCCAAUGUCCACGGAAUCUACCAGGGUGCUUUUGCCCCUGAAGCAUCGCAGAAGGUCUUCAAGGAGUCUGACCUGAUUCUCUGUGUUGGCCCGCAUCUCAGCUCGGCCAAUACCUUUACGUUCUCGGCUCUGCCUGAUCCCAAGGUUACGAUCUUCAUCAACGACACCGACGUCAAGAUUCUAGACGAGAUCACUGAGGAUGCGCCGGCCAAGUACGUAGUCCCUCGUCUGGUUGAAAGGCUCGACCAGAGUAGAGCUCAAUCGCUGUAUCAGCAAUAUCCCGCGCUGCCUAAGGAUAGCGUGGUUCCAUUCUCAUCUCUGCCCAAGGACGAGCCAAUCACUCAGGAUAGGGUCUGGCGAGCACUGAGUAACAUGUUCCGAGAAGGAGAUGUAAUUCUGGGUGAUGUUGGCACAGCGGGCUAUGGGCUACGGGAUGUCAUCUUGCCUCCUACCGCAAGGAUCUUCCUUCCGGUCACCUGGCACUCUAUUGGUGCCCAACUUCCAGCAUCGCAGGGUGCGGCUUUGGCCCGGAGAGAUAUAGUUGAAUCUGCCGGGGGCAAGGGGAGCACUCGCACCAUCUUGAUGAUCGGUGAUGGCAGCUUCCAAGUGACUGCUCAAGAAUUGACCACAAUCAUCCGCCAGAACUUAGACGUGAUUGUAUUUCUGAUCAACAACGACGGUUACACAAUCGAGCGGGCCAUCCAUGGCUUGUCCGAGGAGUACAACGAUAUUGGUCGAUGGAACUAUCUCCUCGCGCCCGAGUUCUUUGGAUCGCCCAAGGACAGUGUCCGGACGGCGACAGCGAGAACUUGGGGAGAGCUGGAGAGUGUUCUCAACGACAAGGACAUCAUCGAUGGGAACGGACUUCGCAUGGUUGAGAUAUUCAUGGCGCGGGAUGAUUGCCCUGUUGGGCCGAUGUCUAUGUGGUUAGAGAAACAAAAGUCUAGAGUAUCGAAGUAG